AAGCAGCAAUAUGCAUUAAGUCUGACCAGGUUUGCCAUUGCUCACAGCUGCAAGUGUGACGUGUGAACAGUUGCCGCCAACAUUUGGUUCUCAACAUUCGUGGUUAGAUCGUCAACUUGCCACUAACUCCAGAAACCACUUACUCAACAUGCAAUAUACCAAAGAUGCCACCUCACACAAGCACACUCACUCACCCAAAGAUGCCACCUUACAUGAGCACACUCACUCACCCAAAGAUGCCACCUCACACGAGCACACUCACUCACCCAAAGAUGCCACCUUACAUGAGCACACUCACUCACCCAAAGAUGCCACCUUACACAAGCACACUCACUCAUCCAAAGAUGCCACCUUACACGAGCACACUCAUUCACCAAAAGAUGCCACCUUACACAAGCACACUCACUCACCCAAAGAUGCCACCUCAUACAAGCACACUCACUCACCUAAAGAUGCCACCUUACACGAGCAUACUCAGUCAUUCAAAGAUGCCACCUCAUACGAGCACACUCACUCACCCAAAGAUGCCACCUUACACAAGCACACUCACUCACCCAAAGAUGCCACCUCACACGAGCACACUCACUCAUCUAGAGAUGCCACCUUACACAAGCACACUCACUCAGCCAAAGAUGCCACCAUAUACGAGCACACUCACUCAUUCAAAGAUGCCACCUUACACGAGCACACUCACUCACACUAGCUAGCUACUUUCCAACACCUGGCUUUGAUGCUUCAUGGUUUUAUAAGGAUUCUACGUAUAUAGUCACAUGAUGAGAACUAAGAGCUUUUUGCUUGUUGAGAAUGACCCAGCUGAACAGCCUGGCUGUAACUGCCUGUAAGGAGUCUUGAAAAUUUGAAGACAUCAUCUUUAGUGAUUGACAUUAAUCUUUUUAGCUAGUUUUCAAACACCUGGCUCUGACGCCUCAUAACUUUACAAGGACUCUACUAUUUGUUCAGAUGAUGAGAACUACCUGUAAGUGUUUUAUAUAACAGAAACUUUUGCCAUGAUUUGCACAUUGACGGCCAAAAUGACUGACCCAACACAUCAGGAUACAACUGUGCAUGAUGACCACCAACACCUGACUAAUGAGAUGAUAUGCUUAUAUGCGUUGAC